AUGCACUCAGAUAAACAGCCAAUGAAUGAAUCUGAACACAAUGAUGUAUUAGGUGUUAAACAAAACAAUACUAUGGAUUCAGAAGGGAACUGUCUCUCGACAGACAGCUGCGACGUAGAAAAUGCCCCAUUUGGAAUAAAUGUAAGGAGGUAUUCAUCUUAUUCUAGACUGCUUAGAGUCACGGCAUGGUGUAUUCGAUUUACAGAAAAAAUGAAAGGUCAUAUUUAUGAAAGUCAUAGUUUAUCUAGCGAAGAACUUAGAGAAGCUGAACUUUUGUGGCUGUAUCAUAUUCAGAGGAAACAUUACAAAGAAGUCCAUCAAUCAAUAGUAGACAAAAAGCCAAACAAUUUGGCAAGGCAGUUUGACAUUUUCAUUGAUGAAAGUGGAUUAUUAAGAUGCGGAGGACGUCUUGAACACGCUACCUUUUCUGAGGCAGCGAGGCACCCAAUAUUGCUCCCAAGAAAAGAGAAAUUAACCCACCUCUUAAUGGACAGUGUGCACAGAAAAUUGUUACACACAGGUGUUUCUCAAACAUUAAGUGAACUAAGACAUAUAUUCUGGAUUCCAAAAGGCAGAGCAACAGUGUCUUCAGUCCUUAAGUCUUGUCAGAUAUGCAAACGUGUUGACUGUCGUCCAUACAAAUUACCACCAAUGGCAUCUUUACCAAAAUCACGUGUAUCAGAAUCUAUUCCAUUUUCCAAUGUUGGAUUAGAUUAUCUAGGGCCAUUGUAUGUGAAAGAAGGAAAUAACUCAAAAUAG